AUGGCGCCCCGCGUCUUCAUCAUCCGCCACGGCGAGACAGAGUGGUCUCUGAAUGGCCGUCACACGGGCACGACCGACAUCCCGCUGACUGCCAAUGGCGAAAAACGUAUUCAGGCGACGGGCCGCGCUCUCGUCGGACGCGACCGCCUCAUCGUUCCCCGUCAGCUCGCUCACAUUUACGUCUCCCCGCGGAAGCGGGCCCAGCGCACCUUUGAGCUCCUCAACCUUGGUUUGCGCAACCCGCUUCCGUGGCAGGCCCACGGUGAGCCAGCCGCCGACGGCGCUGAUGGCGACGGCGCCGGCACGAGCCGCUCCUGCGACGCCCAAGUUCAGGUCACACACGACAUUCGCGAGUGGGAUUAUGGCGACUAUGAAGGCAUCACAAGCCCCGAGAUUCGUCGCCUGCGGAAGGAGCAGGGGCUUUCCGAAGGCUGGGAUAUCUGGCGUGACGGCUGUCCCGGUGGCGAGAGUCCUGAGCAAGUCACUGAGCGCCUGGAUCGUCUGAUUCAAGACAUCCGCGACCGCUGGCAGGCCCCCGUGCUUGAAAAGGGAGCCGACGCCGCGAGCAGCACAGGCGACGUUCUCGUUGUCGCCCACGGCCACAUUCUGCGCGCCUUUGCGCUGCGGUGGGCCGGCAAGGCACUGCACGAGGGGCCGGCGUUUGUGUUGGAGGCUGGUGGCGUGGGGACUUUGAGCUACGAGCACCAGAACAUUGACGAGCCCGCUAUUCUCCUGGGCGGCGCCUUCGUUGUCGAUAUCUCCGAGAAGGCUGCGGUUCACAAGUGA